GUUGUUCAAUUUUUUCAUUUUCUUUUUUCAGUUUUCUGUUUUGACAACUUUUGUGGAUACCUUAACUAGUAGUUAUAUGGAUAUCAACCUUUCAAACAAGGAAGCUAAUAGGCUGUGGCAAAAUAUUACUAGUCCCACAGAUAAUAAUAAACCUUCAAGUUAUGAUAAAUUGGAAAAUAAGGUUAUUAUCGUAUCCAACCUCAACCGCCUUACAAAAACUGAAACUAUACAUGAUGUCUUUACUCGAUAUGGUUAUGUUUACAGUGUUGAACUUAGAAGUGACGACAAUGAUCAACUUAACGGUUCAGCUGAAGUCAUUUUCCAUUCUCUUCCAAAGGAUUUGGAUAUCAAUCGACCUAUGAACAUCGACGGCCGACGUGUAUUACUUUCAUAUGGGGAAACAAUAUCCGAAGAAACCAAACCUACACAAUGUAAUGCAAAGUCUCUUUCACUUGGUAUUUUCCUCACUCCUGACCAAUUUGUUGAAGAAUGGACGACAACCAAAGAUGUCAAAUUGACCGUACAUUAUGAUAGACGUCAGAUCAAAGUGGACUUUAAACAUCUCAAUCGACAUUAUUUUAUGGAAAUCAGAUUUAAGGAUAUCAAUAAUGACUUGAAACUCGAGAGAGAAGGACGUGCUACUUAUCUGACAAUACCCUUGAAAGCACCUGCCAAGUUUUGGGGUUAUAUGGCCGAUAUGGAAACUAUUGGAAGACGUACUUUAAAUAAAUCAUCAAGAGUGAGUCUUAUUCCCAAAAGUCAAUUUGUUUCAUCUCCUUCAGCUGGUGCACAGUUUCUUGGUCAAACAUCUCAACAACCUGGUGCUGCUACUGGUAAUACUCAUAGAUAUCGGGCUCCACCUACUUUUGUUUGUACGGAGGAUGAUUAUCUUCAACUAGGAAAAUGGACUAUUUACCGAAUCAAGUUUGAACCUACCCAUAAUGAACAACGUUAUCUCCAAAGGUUACUUUCUGGUAUGGCCGAAUACAAUCUGGUGCCGCGCGACCCUCCAACAAAAACAUCACUUACUGUUAUUCCUGCUAUUGAUUUACCUACUCCGAAGAAUCACUAUGAACGAGCUCGUAUCCUUGACUUUGAUGUACUCUAUCUACUUGAAUGUAACAUUACAUCCAAUUAUCUUAUGGAACGCAAUUUGGAUGACAAGUUUUACGAUGUGCUCUCUUCUCUAGAUCCGCCUAUUGCAUGUGGGAUUUUGGAUCUGAUUGCUCAAGCAAAGAAACGUGUGUGGUACCCAAUGGCUGCUCUUGAAGAAAUAUGGCAAAAAUAUGGCAUAAAAGUUAUCCACAAAAGACGAAUCCCAGCUCACUGUUCAAUGUUACGAAAGGUGAUUGUUACUCCCUCCUCAGUACUUCUUCAACCUCCAACUCUUGAAACGACUAAUCGAAUUAUACGUCACUUCAAAGCAUAUGCUGAUCGAUUUAUUCGUGUCCAAUUUACUGAUGAAGAUCAAAUGCGAAUCGGGCCAUCUUUUAACAAUACUUCUAAGAAUUCUAUUUAUGAUAGAGUCUACCGAACAUUGAGGGAUGGCAUACAAAUUGGCAAUCGGCGAUAUGACUAUCUUGGUUUCUCAAGUUCACAGCUUCGUGAACAUGGUUGUUGGUAUUGUGCUCCUUAUGAUGGCAAAGAUGAACCUGGAAAACCUCAAUUGGAUCCCAUUAACGCUGAUAUUAUUCGAUCAUGGAUGGGUGACUUUUCAGAUAUCAAGAUUGUUGCAAAACAUGCUGCUCGUAUUGGUCAGUGCUUCUCAUCUACAAUGGCCAUUAUCGAAUUGGAAAAACAUCAAGUGGAAGAAAUAGACGACAUCAUUCAUAAUGGAUUCACUUUCUCAGAUGGCGUUGGUAAUAUCUCUUCCGAUCUUGCUGCUGAAGUGGCGAAAAGAAUGUCUCUACGAGUUGUACCAUGUGCUUUUCAAUUCAGACUGGGUGGUGCCAAAGGCGUACUGAUGGUGUCAAACAGGUUAUCUGGCUACAAAGUUCAAUUGCGAAAAAGUCAAAUCAAAUUCCCUUCUUCUCAUUAUAUGCUCGAAGUUGUACGUACCUCCAAUCAUAUCUCAGCUUAUUUGAAUCGACAAGCAAUUACUCUAUUAUCAGCUCUCGGAGUCAAAGAUGCUAUAUUCAUGAGAAUGAUGAAAAAUGUACUUUAUGGAUUGAAUCGAAUGCUUGCUCAUUCUGAUGAUGCUGUCAAGAUCUUACAAGGAAAUGCUGAUGAAUUUGGAACUGCAACAUUGAUGAUUAACUUGAUUGGUGCUGGUUAUCUGGAACGACAAGAUCCUUUUAUCAAGAAUUUACUUAAUAUGUUUCGAAUGACAAUGCUCAAGAAUCUCAAGGAAAAAGCCAAAAUCCCUGUCGAAAAAGGUGCUUUUCUUAUUGGUGUAGUGGACGAAACUGGUGUUUUGAAGGAGAAUCAGGUCUUUUGUCAAGUCUCUAGCGGAGACACGCAAUCUCUUUUGCAUAUUGUUGAAGGAGAAUGUGUAGUUUUCCGUAAUCCUUGUUUUCAUCCUGGUGAUAUUCGUGUCGUGACCGCUGUGGAUUGCCCUAGUCUCCAUCAUUUGAAGGAUGUUCUUGUAUUCGCUGGUGUAGGUUAUCGUGAUAUUCCAAGUAUGUGUUCUGGUGGUGAUCUUGAUGGUGAUGAUUAUACAAUUCUUUGGGAUGACACUCUGAUGCCUGGAAUCAUUAAUGAAACACCUAUGGAUUACACACCACAAAAGCCUCUCACGAAAGAACAUGUGACUACAGCCGAUAUACAAAAAUUCUUUGUGAACUAUAUGAAUAAUGACAAUUUGGGACAGAUUGCAAAUGCACACUUGGCGACAGCAGACGAUUGUGAAAAAGGUGCUAUGGAUGGUCGUUGCAAACGUUUGGCACAAUUACAUUCAAUGGCAGUUGAUUUUCCCAAAUCUGGUAUUCCUGCUGAUAUGCCUGAUGAUCUAAAGGUACGACGGUUUCCCGAUUUUAUGGGCAAGGAAGAUAAGCCUGUAUAUAAAUCAAGGAAGGUACUGGGUGAAAUGUUUAGAAAAAUCGACAAGGCGGAUUACGAUGGUUAUGAAACAAAAUUGGAAGAAGAAACGUUAUAUGAUACUCGACUUCGUUUGGAUGGCAUGGAAAGAUACAUUGGUGAAGCCAGAAAACUACGCAAAAAGUACAAUCGAGAUCUAUCGGCUUUGAUGAAUCAAUAUGGUGUCAAGACUGAAGCAGAAAUGAUCUCUGGUUUCGUGAUGACGUUCCUGAUUCGAAGAAACAAGAAAAGUGAAUAUGAUGUACAGAAGGAAGUGGUAGCAGCCGUGGCGUCCAUGCGACAAUAUUGGAAGAAUACAUUUAUGCAUCCAUUUGAAGAAAGCAGUGACAACAAAGGUCAAAAUGGUAACAAGAACAAAAACAACAACAAUGAGGAUGAACUGGAUUCUAUUUUUCUUCAAAAAGAGAAACGGCAACAAAUGGAAGCGAAAGCAGCGGCGUGGUACUAUGUCACUUAUCAUCCGAACGAACGUAUCCGGGACUUGUCUGUAGAAGGUGGUUUCUUCAGUUUUCCGUGGGUAGUCGAUAAUAUUCUUGUUGAUCUUGGGAAACGAUUUGCGCACCGUAUACCAAAUGAAAAAGCGAUGGAACCUGUUGAUGAAGCUCUCAUCAAGAAAUUCGAAACAAAAUCAUCAAGUAGUGGAGUGCAAGUAGUACCGUUGGAUGCAGAUGAUGACGACGAUGACGACGACGAUAGUGAUGAUGAUAAUACUGAUGGUGACAACGACGACGAGGAUGUGGAAUAUGGCGGUCGUGGCGGUGAGGGUCCUAGUACUAAUGUGAAUGACUUGAUGGAAUUUGCUUUGCACAGUACCGGCGGAAUGAACAGUACGACAAUCAACAGUAAUGGCAACAAUGGUAAUAGCAAUGAUAAAGAUGAUGAUAAAGUUGAUGAUGAAGACGACGAAGACAGCGACGAUGAGGACAGUGAUGAUGAAGACAGCGACGACGACGACGACGACGAUGAUGAUGAUGAUGAUGAAGAGGAUGAAACACCGAUCGUUUCUUUUGAUGAUAUUCAACUGCCCACCUAUGAAGAACAACCAAACACAUCUCAGAAGGACAAACCUGAAGUCGUACCGGUCAAGCGGGAUCAUAUUUUUUCUGUGUCUGUGGAUGCUACUGAGGAUGAUUUGGCCAAUGCUCUCCUAUGAUUUUAGUUUAGUGAUAUCUUUUUUUUUCCUUCUUUUUUUUUCCUUUAUUUCUUUCUUUUUUUUCUUUUU